GCUCAAACUGACUUCAAUCUUAUGUUAGAUUGAAGAAAAUAACGGAAAACAUUUAUUUGUCGUACAAGGCUUGUCGUGUUAAUGACGUGAACGACUAUUACUGUUUAUGAUGACUUUUGACAUUUAAUUCAAUAUCUAUUUUGAUAUCGUAUUUUAAUGCUGUCGUCAACAAACCCGGAAGUGCAACGUCACCGGUAAACAGUCGCGACUUCCUAAAGAUGGUGUACUUGUCUAAUGGCCAGGUUCUGGACAGCAGGAGCCAGUCGCCAUGGAGACUGUCCCUACUGGUUGACCUGUUUUGGGGAGCAGUGGAGUUUUUAGGCCUGUUUUUUAAAACAAUAAUUCACCCGGACCUGACAAAGCAUGGCAAUAACCGUGACAUGUCACGCUUUUCUGAUGGCAGAGGUCCUCCGGGUCCCCCUGGUGGUCGAAGGAGAAUGGGAAGAAUCAACUUUGGCGGAGGUCCCAGUCCUCCACCAAUGGGCGGAGGAGGAUGAGGAAGGUGA